UAACCUGCACCGCCACAACCAGGAUCCUCGCUGGGAUAAUCACCCUCUUUGAUACCUACACGCUGGCCUCUUCGCAUUCCCCACACGAUUCAUCGGCCGCUAAUUUCCCGGGGGGCCUCAUAUACUCGGGAUACUGUUAAUUUAGUACAACCGCAGUUACACCACAAUGCGCUCAGCGGCGCACGUCUUCUACCUGACAGUCUUUGCGCUGUUGGGUAGUACGCACGCUGUAGACCAUGCUGCGCCUUCAAAGGCGCAUAGUCCUCCUCCAAACGUUUGCGACAUAUCGCCUGGAGCCAUAGUAUCAGACGCUUGCGCAAGCUACAGCACCCUCGAGCAGCUAAACGACGCCAUACAGCCCUACCUCCAAUCCAUUACCCAAAACACCGACUUCUUCUCACAUUACCGGUUAAGCCUGUACAGCAAGAAAUGCCCUUUCUGGGACGACGAGAAUGGCAUGUGCGGGAACGUGGCAUGCGCGGUCAAUACGCUAGACAAUGAGGAGGACAUACCGCUGGUUUGGCGCGCAAAGGAGCUGGGCAAACUUGAGGGACCGACGGCACAACAUCCGGGGAAGAAGCAGCAGAGGGAAGAGCCCAAGCGGCCGCUACAGGGAGAACUGGGGGAGGACGUGGACGAGAGCUGUGUGGUGGAGUACGACGAUGAAUGCGACGAGCGCGACUACUGUAUACCAGAUGAUGAGUCGGCGACUGCCAAGGGCGAUUACGUCUCGCUCGUAGACAACCCAGAACGUUUCACCGGAUACGCAGGCGUAGGAGCUCAGCAGGUCUGGGAGGCUAUAUACCGCGAAAACUGCUUUAGCAAGCCCCCGAAGAAUGCACCAGCAACCGGCGGGUCGUCUCCACCCAACUCACCUUUUGGCGCCUUUGGGAACCAACAGCAGAUGCAAGCGGCUAACCAGCUCCGAAACGUCAUCCAAGAGCAGGGCCAAAAGCAAAAGUUCCAGUCUGCUAUUGCUCAUGGAUCACCGGUGAACAGCCUUGACCCUGUUGAAUUCGACGAUACCUGCCUGGAGAAGCGCGUCUUCCAUCGUGUCAUCUCGGGCAUGCACGCGUCCAUAUCUACGCACUUGUGCUGGGACUACCUUGACCAGAAGACCGGUCAGUGGGGACCUAACCUGACAUGCUAUGAAGAGCGCCUCCAUAACCACCCGGAGCGCAUCUCCAAUGUCUACUUCAACUAUGCCCUCGUCAUGCGUGCAGUCGGUAAGAUCAGACAGCACAUUUCCGACUACUCCUUCUGUUCCGAGGACCCUGAGCAAGAUCUCCGCACCAAGAACUCUGUCCUUCGUCUUGCUUCGGCGCUCCCCUCUGGUCCCGAGAUUUUCGACGAGACAGUCAUGUUCCAGGAUCCUGACACUGUGGCCUUGAAGGAGGACUUCCGUAACCGCUUCAGGAAUGUAAGCAGAAUCAUGGAUUGCGUUGGCUGCGACAAGUGCCGUCUCUGGGGUAAGCUCCAGACCAACGGCUACGGAACAGCGCUCAAGGUGCUUUUCGAGUUUGACGAGCACGACUCUUCCAAGGACCCGCCGCUUCGCCGCACCGAGCUCGUCGCCCUCGUCAACACCAUGAACCGCCUUUCGCACUCUCUAUCCGCGAUCAAAGAGUUCCGACGCAUGAUUGACGAGCGAGAAGGUGUAGCCAAGGGCGCUACAUCCGCGGUCCCCGAGACCGACUCGGGCGUCUUGAAAACGAAGCUCGCACUCGAAGAAGCCGAUGAGGCGAAGCCCAUCAAUGUGCUUACCGGUGAUGAGGAAAUUCCCUCAUUCCAACGCGAUUGGGAUGCAAGGAACAUGUCGGCGUGGGAUGAAGUCAAGGCAGAGUUUAACCUCGUGAAGCGCACCGUUUACUAUAUACUAUACCAAUGGACGCAGAUUCCAGGGCGAUUUACCAAGAUCUUUAUCCUUGAGAUGCGCCGCGCGUACAAUUGGUGGAUGGGCUUUGUUCCCGGUCCCAAAACUUGGGAAAUUCGUAUUCCCACCCGCGACGAGCUUUGAGACUUCUCUCCUCUUUUUUUCUCUUUACUAAAUAACAUUUGUUAGUUUUUUUGGGGUGAAUUCGUAGAACGACCAUCUUUUUUUUUGCAUAGCUCAGGCGUUUUUAUUUUCUCUUUUUCUGAUAGGUUGAACCAUAACAAUCACUUUUCUCCAUGCUUUACGUUCGAGAAAUACGGGGUUGUUGUCAAGGGGGGCAUUUGGGAGGGUAUGGAGUUUUCUAUUUAGAUCUUCGUUAUACGUACAUGACCUUUGGUUCCAAACGAAACAGUAUCAUCAUCUCCCCUCUUUCUCUCUCUUUCUUUCCCUGCGACUCCCUCGCGUGUGCAAUGUUGCAAUAUUUUCCCUACCACCAUCACUACUCGGCUCAAUUUUACAUACCGACGACCUCGUAAAACCUGCUGAUGCCUCAUCGGCCCGGA